AUGUUCAGGUAUGAUAAACACAAGCGUGAUGUAGCCAAAUCAACCAGCGACAUCUUCACUGAAAAAAAAGAGACGGAGAUGAAGCAGCAGCAACAAACCAGUGAGAUGGAUGCGCUUCAGAAGAUUAUGGAUGACCUGGAUGCAAACCUUCAGACAACCAAUAAAGCGUUAGAAGAUAUUGAGAAGAAGAUUGCAGAGAUACAAAAAUUUAUCAGCAGCAUCACUGGCACCAAAGACGAAAAGACACCUGCAGGGGAAAACAAGACGGAAGCAGAUCUUGCUUUAUUUUCAGCGAUCGUGCCAUUUGUGGAGAGUAUUAUAGGUUUCAUUUCCAAGAUGGGGUUGUCCUCUUCACAAGAAUCAUCGAUCAAAACUCUUCAGACUGGUUUAUCUGAGCUCACCAGUGCACAGCAACAUCUGAAAGAAAGAAAGUGGGAAAUCCAGAACAAACUGAUGGACAAACAGCUGCAGCUGGCCAAAUUAAAGAUCGAAAAUGGUCAGAUGCCCAGCGUCGAUCACCUCGAUGAGGUCCAGAGGUGCCUGUCCCAGAUCCAGAAAAUUCUGGAUCAGCUCGAGACGUUCUGGGAGAAAGUGGGUUCCCUGCUGGACACACUGAAGCAAAGGACCUUCGCCGGAGAAGACUUUAUCGAGUAUCUCGCAGAUCUGAAGGAAGAGUUCCUGGAGUCCAUUGAUGCAGCUAAAGAAGGAUGGACACAGUUUGGCAGCAGCUGCAUGAAGGCCAACAAGAUCUUCAGCGUUCAGUCGAGUCAGGCGUACAAGUUCCUGGAGAUCAGUCCUUCAUCUCUGUCCAAGGAAGAUCGGCAGAAAGAGUACGAGAACGUGAAGGAGAAACUGAAGAAGAUCAGACCAAACACUGUCAAUGUAGCCAUUAAACAGUGAGAUCUAGAAAGAUGAUUUACUUGGAAAUAUUAGUGGAAUUUCUAGCAAUAUUUCAGCUUUUUUCAUUUGUCAUGUGAACUCUGACCUAUCACGCUGAUUUGAUCUUUCUGUAGUGUCUGAUAACAAGGGUUGAUGAACUAGUAUAAAGUGACAAUCAUUUAUCUGACAUGUGAUUUCAAUGUUUAACCUGCUCUGCAUGAAAUAAAACAGCUUUCAAUGAAA